CCAUGUUCGCCACGCCCGUUUCAGGCUCGGGAUCCCUGGACGUCAUUGAUCUGGUCGACUGCGACAGCGAGUUUGAGGCCGCCUCUCCUUCCAGCAAGCGGCGCAGGCUUGCGGGCAUCGACGAGGCAUCGCCACGUGACGGAGGCGCGUUGCCCGGCCCUGGCAGGCUGACGGGCCUGCGCGAUAGGCCGGUGGCGCCGCUGACAGUCCUGCGCCACCCCCUGGGAGACGAGCUCGCCGACGAGCUGCUCCGGCAGCUGCUGGCCGAGUCCCAGGGCGCCUGGCGCCCGAGCUCAUGGGUGGUACAUGGCCAGCAGCGCACCACGCCGAGGUCAAGUGCUUGCUACUCCCUGGUCGGCGCCGCCUGCGGCAUGGGGGCGAGCAGCGGCAGCGGCAGCGGAGCCGGCAGCGAUGAGGCCCGCGUCGAGUGCGCGCCGUCACCAGAGAUGCUGGAGGCCGCACGGCAGCUGGAGGCCGCCGUGGAGAGGCUGCGGCCGCGAUGCGGCUGGCGCCCCACGUGGGCGCUCGCAAACCGCUACGACGCUGGCCGUGACUGUGUGGGCUGGCACUCCGACUUCCUGAACGGCCUGGGCCCUCGGCCGGUGAUCGUGGGCUUGUCGCUGGGCGCCACGCGGCGCUUCUGCGUGCGGCGGAGCGCGGCCGGAGGCGCCAGUCUGGCCGAGGGCGGCGCUGACGAGGCCGUCGUUGUCACGGUCCCUAUGCCUCACAACAGCGCGGUGGUCAUGUGGGACGACUGCCAGGAGGAGUGGGAGCACACCGUGCCCCGCCAGGCGGACUCCACCGUCGGCAGGCACGCGGCCGCGGGCCUGGUGCGCUUGUCCCUCACCUUCCGCAUGGCGCGCCCGGAGCUCCUCGCGCACCAGAAGCUGUGCCGGUGCGGGCGGCCGAGCGUGCUGAAGAGCAAGAGAGGACGCUACUACCUUGCCUGCAGCCCCGCGGGCGCGUCCCGGCAGUGCGGCUUCUGGGAGGCGUGCCCGUGGGCCCAGCGCGAGGCCGAGCGGCUCCGGGCUGCCGCCGCCGGGCCGGGCGUCGCGACGGCGCCCCGGGCGCGGCACGGCCUGGUCCCGGGCGUCGGCGGCGGCGCUGCAGCGCAGCAGCAGCGGCAGGGGCUCGGGAGCGGCGGACACGUCCACAGCUGCGCCCUCGCUCCGUAUCGUGCGGAGGGGCACGCCGUGCCCUCGCGGAGGGCGGCGGCGACGGCGCCGCACGAGUUUUCGGAGAGUGUGCGCUGCAGCUUCAUGUCUGCUCAUGUGUCAGAGAUGUGCCGCCACACUCUGCCUACGGUUCGCGCGGCCCCCGCCUCCGCCACCUUCCGCGACCAGCGCUCACUGCCUUUGCGCAGGCUGAGCGUUGCCCCCGCGACCGGGUUGGUCACUAAGUACCUCGCGCAGUUCUACCUUGGCGGGGCGCGGGCGGGGCGCAGGCGCGGCGGCGGCCCGCCGACGGCGCCGCCUCUCUCGCUGUCGUUCCGCGCGGCCGGCGGCGCGGCAGGCGCGGCGGAGGUCCACCGGUCGGGCGACAGAGGCAACAAGUCCACGGUGGACUUCGGAGAGGCAGACGGCGAGUCCGACGAGGGCGCCGCGCCGGACGAGCACGCGUGGAACGGGGCCAGGAGAAACGGCCCCGGUUCACCAGCACCCUCAGCGAGACGAGCACCACGUGCAGCUCCGUGGCGAGGGUCAACACCCUGGGCAGUUUCGAGGGGACGAGGGCCAACACCCUUGGCAGCGACGAGGAAGCGGCCGAGCCGGCUUGCGGCCCCGCGGGGGCGCCGGCGCCGCGGCGGGCAGCCCGCAGGACAGCCCCGCGAGCUGACCGUUCGCGUCUGCUCCUGGAACCUCAUGGGCAGGGGCGUCGAUUGCCAGGAGGACCUGAGCCAAUGGCUCCAGGGCGACCUCGUCGACGUGCUCGUCGUCGGCGUGCAGGAGCUCAUAGAGCUGAAUCCAAGGUCGGUCCUGCACGGCCAGUCCAGGAACCGCAGCGCCAGGGCGGCUUUCGAGGCUAUCGGCUUUUGGGAGGUGUAG